AUGGAUUCCUCGAAUACUUCCGACAGCUCGGAUUCCUCGGAUACCUCGGAUUCCUCGGAUACCUCGGAUACCCCAAUUGCCGCGGAUGACGGGAAUCCUGUGGAUGCUAAGGAUACCCAGGAUUUAAUGGAGGAACAGGAUAUCGAGGAAGACGAGGAAUUUGAGGAUGUCAAGGAAGCCAAGGCUGCUAACAGAGUCACUUUCUCGGAGAAUCAAUAUAUUCGCUGGUAUGUAAAGGGGUCCAGGAUUGCCAAGAAUAUGGAGGAUGCCAGUGAAUUUGCGGCUUCCAGGGCUGACGUGCACGACGGGGAAUUCCCUCGUAUCCUCAAGAGAGGUAAUAGAUUCGGAGUGGGCGAGGAAGCCCAGGUUGUCCAUAAAACCAGAUACGCUGAGAAUGACGGGGCUGUCGGCUACCCAAAAAGAACCAAGUUUGAAAGGAUUAACGAGGAAACCAAUAAUAUCGAGAAUAUCCCUGACAUCUCCAUGGAUGUGAAGGUUCCCGAAGAAGAAGAGGAUUCCGAAGAUGGCGAGGAUGCCGCCGAUGACCAAGAUGUCGAUUAUGCGGAGUAUUUCAAGAAUGCCAAGUUCGAGGAAGAUUCCGGGGACUCUGCAGAUUCCCAGGAUUCCGGAGAUACGGCAGAUGACGAGGAUGAAGAUGAUGACGAGGAUGAAGAUGACCCAUACGGUUUGAAGGCCUCGCUUGCUUCGGGAUCUUUGUUUGCUUCGGAAGAAACAGAUGUUUCAGAAGACUCAUCUCGUUUCGAUGCUUCAGGACUUCCUCAGCUAACCGAUUCUUCAGGAUCCCCACAGCCUGCCGAUUCUUCAUAUGCCCCAUUUUGGAGUAGCUAUCCAUCGCUAUUAAAUCAGGAUCAGGAAUCCACACUAUCGCAUUCAUCAUCUGAUGAGGAUGACGAUUCUCUACCAGACUUAUCAGAAAACUUUUCAGAAGAACUUAACGAAAGACCGACAAGUACAAAGAAUAAACUAGAGAAAAGCUGGAAAUUCCCGCCACCGAUAUUAUCCGAAAGCUCCACCGAUUCGGAGUCGGAGGAGCGGCCUUGUAAACUAAUAAAAAUUUACGAGAAUGAGGAAGCUCCGAUCGAGGGUAACGACGAAAUGGAAGCGAAGCCAAAAGAAAAAAUUAUAUGUUACGUUCCUGCAUGGGUUUUGAAAAUGCCAAGCGCACCUUCAGUAAAGGAAGACUCAGAUGAAGACGAAGAUUGUGAAGACAAUUUUCAAGAUUCUGAAGAGGAUUCUGAAAAGGAUUCUGAAGAGGAUUCUGAAGAGAAUUCUGAAAAGGAUUCUGAAGAGAAUUCUGAAAAGGAUUCUGAAAAGGAUUCUGAAGAGGAUUCUGAAGAGAAUUCUGAAAAGGAUUCUGAAGAGGAUUCUGAAAAGGAUUCUGAAGAGGAUUAUGUAGAGUAUGCUACGGAGGAUUCUGAAGAGGAAUAUAUAGAGGACUCUGCGGAGGAUACUGGAGUGGAUAUUACAGAGAAUAUUGCAGAGAAAAUUACUAAGGAUAUUUUAAAGGGUAUUUUAGAUGAUAUUCCAUAUGAUAUUCCGGAGAAUAUUCCAGAGGAUAUUGCAGAGAAUAUUGCAGAGAAUAUUGCAGAGAAAAUUACCGAGAAUAUUACAGAUGAUAUUACAGAGGAUAUUACUGGAAAAAUUGCAGAGAAAAUUACAGAGGAUAUUUCAGAUGAUAUCACAGAAAAUAUUAUAGAAAAUAUAACAAAGGGUAUUACAGAAGAUAUAACAGAGGAAAUUUCAGAGGAUAUUACAGAGGAUAUCACAGAGAAAAUUACCGAAAAUAUAACAGAGGAUAUUACAGAGAAUAUUCCAGAUGAUAUCACAGAGAAUAUUGCAAAAGAUGUAACAAAGGGUAUUACAGAGGAUAUUACAAAUGAUAUUACGGAGGAUAUUACUGGUAAAAUUGUAGAGAAAAUUACAGAGAAAAUUGCAGAGGAUAUUUCAGAUGAUAUCACAGAGAAUAUUGCAGAAGAUAUAAUAAAGAAUAUUAAAAAGGAUGUUACAGAGGACAUUACUGAAAAUUUUGCGGAGAAAAAUACAGAUGAUGUCACAGAGAACAUUAACGAAGAUAUAAAGGAUAUUACAGAAAAUAUUACAGAGAAUAUUGCACAGAAUUUUACUAAAGAUAUUACAGAAAAUUCUAAAGGAAAUUGUGAAGAGAAUUGUGAAGAGAAUUGUAUGGAGAAUUGCUUGGAGAAUUCUUUGGAGAAUUGUGAAGAGGAUACUGAAAAGAACAACCUGCCCAAAAAGGAUAUUCCAGAUCCCAAGGAGACUGAAGAAAAGACCUCCUCACCCCGCAGAAACCGUGAAAGUAUCAUUCGCUGCGCAUUCGAUGGUCGCAAAUACAGGACUCUAAAGGAUCUAAGGAAGCGCACAAAGCUGUCGAAGAGGAGCAUCCGCAAGGUCCUAAAGCGGAUUGGAAAGAUCAAGCGCCGAAAGUGGCGUAUCAGCAUGUUUUAUUUACAGGCCUACGAUUUAGAGGAGUUAAGACAGCCAAUGUCCAGCAAUCCGAAACCGGUGGAACUGAACGAUGUCUUUAGGACGGUAAUUCGCAGCUACCAGAAGGUCAAGUUCCAACGCAUGGAGGAGCUGGUGAAGAAGACUGGUCUCGACGAACAGCAACUGGCCAAGGCCCUGAAGAUGAUCGGUCGCAAGCGAUCCACCAAGUGGCGUCUGCUCAACUACAAGAAACCACUGACACACAUUCACCGGGGCCACAAAAGGGUCAGGGAUUAA